UUAUUUUAUGCUUCAGCUGAAAAAAGAAAAAGAAAAAAGAGGUGAGUCGUUUAGUCUUGUUCCAAAUGUAACAGCACCAUUAAUCCACCAUGAAUUCCCCUUGUGGUCCCUUUAUUCAUUAGUCUCUUUAAAGGCUGCAACUUUUUCUUUGGGUUUCUUUUUUCUUGGGAAGUUAAGGGGUCUGGUGAGUUGUUUUGGUUAUUUUUUUUAGGGUUUAUGUUAAAUACAGAAACUAAGUCAAGAAUGCUAUGAAAAAAGGGUGUCCACUGAUAAUCAGAGUUUGAGGUUUGUUUUCAUCAGAGUUAUGGAAGAAUUGAGUGAGAAGCAGGAUAUAGUAUUAGAUACUGAAAUUCAGCAAGUUGUGGUACCUUUUGUGGAAAAUGUAGUAGCUAAUUCUAGUGUGAUAAGUUCCAAGAAAAGGGGGAGACCAAAGGGUUCUAAGAAUAACAGGAAAAGUGUUGAAGAAAAUGUGGGAAUUUCAGGUGAAGUUAGCUUGAUGGAUGGUAAUGGACAAGGUGUUGUUAUGAAGAAGGAGAAGCGAAUUGGCAGGCCGAAAGGUUCCAAGAAUAAGAAGAGAAAGAUUGGAGAUAGUGUGGAAUUGUCAAUUGAGGUUGGCUUAGUCAAUGGCAGUGGUGAAAUGCUUAUGAAGAAGAAGAAGCGAGUAGGCAAGCCGAAGAGUUCCAAGAAUAAGAUGAGAAGCAUUGGAGAUAGUGAGGAAUUUCCAAUUGUAGUUGGCUUAGCCAAUAGCAGUGGUGAAAUGCUUAUGAAGAAGAAGAAUGUUGGACGAAGGCCCAACGGUUCUAAAGACAAAAUGAAAAAUAUUGAACAAAAUGGGGAGUAUCAAGAAAGGAGAAUCAAGAAGGACGGGGAUGAAAGGAAGAAGCGAGGUCGAGGAAGGCCAAAGGGUUCAAAGAAUGAGAAGAAAACUGUUACUGGUGAUGAAACGGGAGUAGUGUUACCAAUAGGUGAUACUUGUGUUGGAAAUAGAGAUACAGAUGUUAUUGUUGAAAAGGAAAUGUCUAGAACUGACAUUGUUGCAGCUGGUGAUUUUGGGAUAAGCGCAAAUCAAGUUUCUGGAGACAAUGAAAUAGUCAAGAAGAAAGCUGGUCGGCCCAAGGGCUCCAGGAAUAAGAAGAAAGUUGGUCGGCCCAAGGGCUCUAUGAAUAAGAAGAAAGUCUUGAUAGGUUGUCUGACUGUUCCUCGUCGCAAUGGAGGUGGAAGCAAGGAUAUUGAUAGCAAUAAAGGGAAGACUUUUAUGUCUGUGGAAAAUGCAGGGAAAGUGAAUGAGUUUGUUCGAGGUUACAAAGAAGAUAUAGUCAAGCGAGGCCGGCCCAGGGGUUCAAAGACAAAGAAGGAAAUCACAUUAGGCUAUUGGAGUAAUGCUAAUGCUACUAGUGGACAUGAAGUAGAUGUUGUAUGCCAGGGCGAGAAUGAGAAAAGAAUCAGCAUGGCUGGUCAAAGUGGAGUACUUCUGAAUGAGGAAGAAGGGAUGGUAGUCAAGAAGAAGAACAGGCGUGGCAGACCCAGCGGUUCAAAUUCCAAGGGAAAAGUUAUGCUAGGUCAUUCAAGUGAUACUAUUACUAAUAAUGGAGAUGGAUACACGGAUGCAGUCAGGAAGGAAGAUAAUGAAAUGAGAAAAUUUGUAGCUAUUGGUAAUGGAGAGAGGAUAUUCAAGAAGGAGAGGCGUGGGCGGCCCAAGGGCUCAAAAAAUAAGAAGAGAACUACUGGCGGUAAUUUGAUUGAUGCUAAUUUCAAUAAUAGGAGACAAGAUGUGAGUACUAUGAGGAUAAAUGUGGCUGAAAAGGGAAUUCUUUUAGCUGAAGAAAAUAGGGAAGACCUGAAUGAAGUUGCUUUGGUUUCUGCAGUUACAGCAGUCAGAAGGAAGGGUGUCCUUGGCCGGCCAAAGGGUUCAAAGAAUAAAAAGAAAACUAUUAUAAGCAGCUCCAGUGAUGUUUAUUCUGGUAGUGGAGUUGGAGCGAUGAAUAUCAGGAAGGAACAUGAGAAUAAAAUGGCGAGCAUGGCAAGCGAAGUUACUAUUGCUAAGAAGGAUAGCUGCAGCCUGCUCCAAGGCUUACAUAAUGAGAAUAAGAUUGUUGAAUCUGGCGAGAAUCAGCACGCAUUUGUCAAUGCUGCUGAAGAAGAUGGCACCAGGAAGACGGUUAAGCAGAAGAAAUGCCGAGGAAGGGUGAAAUAUUCAGAGAAUAAGAAACAAGCAGCUGUUAGGAUUGAAGUGGAGCAGGAUGUGAAAGCUAAUACUGCUAACUUCAUGCCUUGCGAGAAUGGGGUUACUAAGCGGAAGCGUAAGCGAGGGAGGCCAAAGGGCUUGAAAAACAAAAAGAAAGUAGAAUUUGAUGCUGUAGAAAUUCAGGGAAUUACUGGUGAAAUUGCUACUGAUAGUAAUGGGGUAAAUUUGAGCUCCAAACGAAAGAAAAGACGUGGACGACCUAAAGGUUCAAAAAAUAAGAAAGCAAAAAUUAAGAGUGAAGAAAAUAACAAAACUGCAAGAGCACUUAUAAUGCGUGAUGACGGAGGAGGUAAUCAAGCUGAGCAGAAAGUGAAAUAUUCUGGCAAGCUUCCUGUUGCCACCAAAAAUGUGGGACUAUCAGGUGAAUCUAUUUUGUUGCAUGCUGAGGGAGGUGGGGUCGUUAAGAGGAGAGUUGGCAGAGGUAGACCAAAAGGUUCAAAAAACAAGAAAAAGGCAUUUGCUUUCAAUCUGGGAUUUCCUUGUCAAGUUAGUUGUCAGAAUGCUGUUAGUAGGAUGGUUAAGCGCAGAGGGAGGCCGAAGGGUUUAAAUGGUAAGAAGAAAAUUGCUAUUGUCUCUGAAUGCAUGGAAGAGCAGGAACUUAGCGCAAAUGCAGAAACAAGUGGACUGAUACAGCAAGGAGUAUUGGACGCUAUCAGUUGGAAGGAUCAGCGGAACUUAUUGUGUCAUCAGUGCAGAAAACAUAAAGCUUCUGUUGUUCUUUGUUCAAGAUGCAAAAGAAAACGCUAUUGCAACGAUUGCAUUGCGAAGUGGUAUCCAGAUAGAACAAAAGAUGAAGUAGAGCACAAAUGUCCUUUCUGUUUUGGGAUAUGCAAUUGCGGACUUUGCCUUCAAACAGAUGUCCUCUUAAAGGACUGCUGCAAAGAAAUUGAUGAAAAUAUGAGAAUGGAGGGUUCACUUUACUUGCUAUCCAACAUUCUGCCCCUCCUCAGACAUAUUCAAAAGGAGCAAAGGUUUGAGCUAGAUGUGGAAGCAAACAUUCGUGGUGUUCAGUUGACAGAAGAAGACAUUACUAAAUCAGUCAUUGAUGAUGAUGAUCGAGUAUUUUGUGAUAAUUGCAACACAUCGAUUGUCAAUUUCCAUAGAAGCUGCCCAAAUCCUGAUUGCUCUUACGAUAUCUGUGUCAAUUGUUGUCGGGAACUUAGAGAUGGUGCCCUACCUGGAGCUACUGAAGCCAGCUCAUCUCUCAGCAAGUCGGUGGAAGCUAGUCAUAUCACAGCUUUGAAGGGAAAAAUUCCUGCAGAUGGUUGGAGAAGUCCAGAGAGCCUCCUUGCUAAUGGUUGUCCAACUCACAUAUCCUUUGAUGUUGCUGACUGGAGAGCCAAUUCUGAUGGCAGCAUACCUUGUCCUCCUAAAGAGCAUGGUGGUUGUGGUUCUUCUUUAAUGGCUCUAAGGCGUAUCUUUGAAGCAAAUUGGGUAGACCAACUAAUUCAUAGUGCUGAGGCCCUAACAUGCAACUACCACCUUCCAGAUAUAGAUUUAUCACAUGGGUGUUCCUUUUGUCUUGCUACCACUUGUGUCCAAAAUGGUGAUAACCACUGUCAAGUAAGACAAGCAUCUUUUAGGAACAACAGCCAAGAUAAUUUUCUGUACUGUCCUAAUGCUGUUCACAUUGAUGGUAAUGAGUUUGAGCAUUUUCAAAUGCAUUGGAGGGCUGGUGAACCUGUAAUAGUUAGAAAUGCACAAGCUAAGGCCUCUGGUCUUAGCUGGGAGCCAAUGGUAAUGUGGAGGGCCUUCAGAAACGCAAGCAAAAAGCUGGAAGGGGAGGCUUUCUGUGUCAAGUCCAUUGAUUGCUUGGAUUGGUGUCAGGUUGAGAUAAAUAUUCAUCAGUUCUUCAAGGGCUACUUGGAGGGUCGCAGGCAUCACAAUGGGUGGCCAGAAAUUUUAAAACUGAAGGAUUGGCCUCCGGCUAAUUCUUUUGAAGAAUGUUUGCCGAGGCAUGGAGCUGACUUUUUUGCUAUGCUUCCCUUCAGUGAAUACACUCAUCCUAGACACGGUCUUCUAAAUUUGGCCACUAAGCUUCCCGAUACUGCUUUGAAGCCAGACUUAGGACCUAAAACUUAUAUUGCUUAUGGAUAUCAAGAAGAGCUUGGGAGAGGUGAUUCUGUCUCAAAGUUGCACUGUGAUAUCUCUGAUGCGGUCAACAUAUUGACUCAUACAACCAAAGUAAAUGUUAAUCACGAGCAACAUGAAAUCAUUGAGAAACUAAGGAAGCGACAUGAGGUUGAAGAUUCAAAGGAACUUUGCCCAGGCAUAGCUGCGGCACCAGAUUCUCAUCAAAGAUUUGACAGAAGUGGAUCUGACUUUUAUUAUGAGGAAAGCACUGAGGAUAACAAAAGUUGCUUAUUAGAAACUAUGGACAAAGGGAAAGAUUUUGAUAAAGGAGAAAACAUAAUUUCUGAUGUGAAGUGCCAUGAUAUUUCUGGUAGAAAUUCUCUACCCAAUGAGAUAAACCCAAGUACCAAUGCCUUGGCACCAGCAGAAGCAAAUGUAGCCCUUGAAUUCGAGCAAGAUUGUGCAAAAGUGGAAUGUGGGGGUGCAGUAUGGGACAUCUUUCGCAGACAAGAUGUACCCAAGUUAAUAGAAUAUUUGAGGAGGCAUUGGAGAGAAUUUCACCAUAUUAACAAUGCUCCUGUGGCUUCAGUUAUUCACCCUAUCCAUGACCAGACAUUCUAUUUGAAUGAGAAGCACAAAAAGCAGCUGAAGGAGGAGUUCAACGUCGAGCCAUGGACGUUUGAGCAGUACCUUGGAGAAGCUGUUUUUAUUCCUGCAGGAUGCCCACAUCAAGUGAGAAAUAGACAGUCAUGUAUCAAGGUUGCUGUUGACUUUGUAUCCCCGGAAAAUGUUCAAGAGUGUAUUCGCUUGACGGAGGAAUUCCGCUUGCUCCCCAAAACCCACCGAUCUAAGCAAGAUGUAUUGGAGGUGAAGAAGUUGGGGCUUUAUGCUGCCAGUGUUGCUGUUAAUGAAGCCACAAACCUGUUGUCAAAACUUAAAACUUCCAGUUGGAGCUCUAGGCGGACACCUUCAAUGAAAUGAACUCAAGAAUUCAUGGAACCACAAUUUCUAUGUCUCUAGGGUGAUAGGAAUGUCGAUAGACAAAAAUUUAAGUUCACAAAAGGGUGAAUAUAAAUAUCUAUUUAAUAAGUUGGCCAGUUGACCUAAUCAUCGUGUUAUUGCUUCUUAUAUAUAGUGAUUUUGCCCCAAAUAUCAGUAAAAUGGUAGUUUUUCUUUGAAAUAGUGGCCAACCCGUAGAAACUUUUGGCCCUUCUCAGAGCGGUGCGUCUCUUCAGCUACCGCCUGUUUGUCCAAAGAAAAGAUGUCAGUAUUUCUGUUGCAUAAUAUCUUGUGGUUAAAUGGUUGAUCUGAGGCAUGUUGAAAUUUGAGUCUU